UUGUUCCUGCUGCCCCAGUCACCACGCACACUCAACCCGACCAUCUUGGGUUGAAUUCUCUACCAGCCUGGUUCUUACAUUUUUAGUUCUUCCAAGGUGAGCAGUUAUAUUCUUGCGGAAGAAGGAAAGGUUGACUUUAGAAGGAAAUCACAGUAGUGAAAGGGCUUGGGCUGCUUUUGUUUUUACUUACCUGCACUGAACAAAUUUGACUUCCGGAGUCAGUCAUUUUGGUGUCAAGAAAUUUCUUUGGCAUUCUACAACAGGUGAGCAUUUGGGAGCUGUUAAGCCAGAACUCUCCUACCAAGACCCCAAGCACUGAGAUGCUCCCAAAGUGGCUGGGAUGCAUUAGAAACUGAAGCGACGGAGAGUGGUGUCGGCUGCCUUCCCCACUUCUCGGAGCAGAAGCCAAUAGAGAGCUGUUUGAAAACAUCUCAUUCACACACCAGUUGAAGACUAGCCCUCGGAGGUUUUCACAGUAGAUCGUGCGUCUUCCUCAGAUGGACGGGGAGAAGUAACAUUCUGCAGAUUGCUGUCAGAGGUCCUGAGUACGCCAAGCCAUCUGGUUUUUCUCCCUCUUGUUGAAUGGCCUUUGCUUCAGCAGCCCACUGAGGGCUCUUUUCCUCGGGAUUCUGAACGUGUAACUAAGAAUGCAGGCUGGGAAGAUGCUGAGUUCCAUCAAGUGUGUGUUGGUAGGAGACUCUGCCGUGGGGAAAACCUCUCUGUUAGUACGCUUCACCUCAGAGACCUUCCCGGAGGCCUACAAGCCCACAGUGUACGAGAACACGGGCGUGGACGUCUUCAUGGACGGCAUACAGAUCAGCCUGGGUCUCUGGGACACAGCUGGCAACGAUGCCUUCAGAAGCAUCCGCCCCUUAUCCUACCAGCAGGCAGAUGUGGUGCUAAUGUGCUACUCCGUGGCCAACCAUAACUCUUUCCUGAACCUGAAGAACAAGUGGAUUGGUGAAAUCAGGAGCAACUUGCCCUGUACCCCUGUGCUAGUGGUGGCCACCCAGACUGACCAGCGGGAGGUGGGACCCCACAGGGCCUCCUGCAUCAAUGCCAUAGAAGGGAAGAGACUGGCCCAGGAUGUGAGAGCAAAGGGCUACCUGGAGUGCUCAGCUCUUAGCAACCGGGGGGUACAGCAGGUAUUUGAGUGUGCUGUCCGAACUGCCGUCAACCAAGCCAGGAGACGCAACAGGAGGAGGUUCUUCUCCAUUAAUGAGUGCAAGAUCUUCUAAACCCCAAGAGACUUCACCCAACACUCAUUUACUCACCCUGAAGGCUGACGGGGACAGGGAGAGCAGGCAAGCCAGCAAGGGUUGAUGCUCUUUCUGGGCACAUCCCAAGCAGCGUUUCCUUUUGGAUACAGUUGUUGAUGGGACUCGGCCACUGGAUGUUUUUACUAAGUACACUCUACAAAUGAACUCUUUGCCCAGUUCAAUUGGAAGAUCCCUUGGGAAGCUAUAAUGACUAUUCCGUGUUCGAUUAAAAAACUAAAAUAGUCUGCAUAA